GCCGCCGGCCGCGGCGCCCGUGACGGCGCCCUCGGCGCCUCCUGCGCCGGAGGCGCGCGGCUGGUUCGGCUGGGGCGCGGGCGGCGACCCCGCUUCUCCGUCGCAGCCGCUCGAAGGUGUCCUGGUCACGCCGCCGACGGCAGUCCCCGUCACGGCAUCGGUCGUCGCGUCGUCGGUGUCGCGCGCGGCCGCACCGCCCCGAAACUUCUGCCCAUCUUGCGGCAACCGGCUCGCGGACGGCGCGAACUUCUGCAUGGCGUGCGGCCGUUCCGUUUCUUCCUGAUAUCACCUCCCCCCCCCUUUUUGACUAUGUACAAAAGUAAUCGCGUGUGCCUACUCCGCCGCCGCCGCCAGCGCGCGCCGCUGCGCGGCGAAGAUCUCGCCGAUGAUCGCGUCGAGGCCGUCGCCGUGCUUCACGGCGGCGAAGACGGUCGGCCCGGCGCCGCGCAUCUUGAGCGCGUCGCGGCGCAUCACGUCCAGGUCCGCGCCGACGGCCGGCGCGAGGUCGACCUUGUUGACGACGAGGACGUCCGCCUGCGUGAUGCCCGGCCCGCCCUUGCGCGGCACCUUGUCGCCGCCCGCGACGUCGAUGACGUAGACCGAGAAGUCCGCGAGCUCGUUCGAGAAGUGCGCCGCGAGGUUGUCGCCGCCCGACUCGCACAGCAGGAGCUCGGCGUCCGGGUGGGCCCGCGUCAGCGCCUCGAGGGCCUCGAGGUUCGCGCUCACGUCCUCGCGGAUCGCCGCGUGCGGGCAGCCCCCCGUCUCGACCGCAGCGAUGCGGUCCGCCGGCAGCGCCGCGUUCCGCGUCAGGAACUCGGCGUCCUCGCGCGUGAAGAUGUCGUUCGUCACGACCUGUGUGGAAAUUAAAAUUUUACGGCGCGUUCACGCCAUCGACGCGACGUCUGCUCGAUGGCGUGGCGAUGCCGGUUCCUCGCCGCUCGACCGAGCCAGGACGGCCGCGUCAUCGUCGAGAAAUGACUUAGUGAAGAAUUUUCGGGUGCACCCGACGCACUGGUUGAUUUCCACACAGGUCACGACGGCCAGCGAGUGCUUCUCGCGCAGCGCCCGGCAGAGCUGCAGCGUCAGCGCCGUCUUGCCGCUGCCGACGGGGCCGCCGAUGCCCACCGUGAACGCGCGCCGCCGCCAGUCCCUUCCCCGCCAGUGCGCCGGCAGGCCCGUCUCGCGCCGGCUGAACUCGCCCGGCGAGUCGAGGUGCUCAUGAGUGUGGCUGUGCGCCUGGCGCCGGGCCCGCAGUUGUGUGCUGGCCACGCGGCGGCACCGCGCGAGCAUUUCUUUUGAGCUAUGCGGGUGUUUUUUUAUGGGCAAAUGGCAGAUGGCAGCCUUUCCUGUACCCGAGAGCGGUCUGCGGUUCGAGGUAACUACGGAGGCUCGCGGCAGCUCUCUCUGCGUCCCACUGUCAGCUGCGGCUGCUACUUUUAGCUCCCAGCUCUUA